AUGCAAACAGAGAGCCCAGCUAGAUACAGACAGCCACAAAACAGAGCCAAACAGAGAGCCCGCCAGAUACAGACAGCCACAGGCAGCCAAAACAGCCAAACAGAGAGCCCGCCAGAUACAGCCAAAACAGACAGAUACGAACAAACUACAGCCAGAUACAGGCACACAGGCAGCCAGAGCCAAACAGACAGAGCCAAACAGACAGCCAGACAGAUCGCCAGAUACAGACAACCACAGAUACAGAGCCAAACAGAGAGAGCAGACAAACAGAGAGCCCAGACAGCCCGCCAGAUACAGACAACCACAGACAACCACAGCCAGCUAAACAGAGCAGCCAAAACAGAGCCAAACAGAGAGCCCGCCAGACAGAGAGCCACAGACAACCACAGGCAGAGCCAAACAGAGAGCCCGCCAGAUAAACAGAGCCAAACAGAGAGCCCGCCAGAUACAGACCAGCUAAAACAGCCAGAUAGAUACAGACAACCACAGGCAGCCAAAAGAGCAGAGCCAAACAGAGCCAAACAGACAGUCCGCCAGAUACAGACAGACCAAACAGCAGCCAAAACAGAGCCAAACAGAGCCAGCCCGCUAGAUAGCCCAGACAGGCGGCACAGGAGCAGCCCGCCAGAUACAGCAGCCAAACAGAGAGCCCGCCAGAUACAGACAACCACAGGCAGCCAAACAGAGCCAAACAGAGAGCCUGCCAGAUACAGGUGCCAGAUACAGACAGCCACAGGCAGCCAAACAGACAGGAGACCCCGCUAG